UGCCGCAGCCUCUCUGCAUGAGCCCCUUGUCACCAUGAGCGCGUAAUGUGUACAGAAAGGCCCAACCCAACCAACACCACGUAGAUUAGUACCGACAGCCUUACGCCCCAGCUGGCUACUAAUAACCCUCUAUCUACCCCUCCCUCAAUCCCCGCAAACACCACCACUUUUAAGUGCAGCGCCAUCACGAUCGAACAUGCGACUUACCACCUUCCUAUUCACCCUCAUCCAUCUCUUAGCGCUCACCUCCGCAGCAAUGACAGGCAACUUCAUGAGCAUGGGGUCUGUAUACAACACUACGCAGACAACCAUCCAACGCCUCCAGCAGCUAGCAGGGCAUCUCGUUCCCAAUACAUCGAGUCUGAAUCUAACGGGUUUAAAUUUGACGAAUCUGAACCUGGAUCUGAAUCUGAAUUUGACUCAAGUCACCAACCGGACCGGUCCCGUCGUGGAUGCUGCGAAGCCGCACAUCGCCCGAGCGGGGAAUGCUACGAAAGACUAUGUUGUGAAACAUCCCUACCAGACAAUAUUUAGCAUCGUGGGGGUUUUCUACCCGGCAGGGUUGCUUAGGCUGGUGGGGUAUGGGCCAUUGGGGCCGUGUGCGAGGUCAUUGGCAGCAUGGAGCCAAACCUACUGGGGCAAUCCUGUCGCACGAAGUCUCCGGGCGUGUUUGCAAAGCGCGGCGAUGAAUGGGUAUGCGGCGGCUCCGGUGCUAAACACCGUGCGCGGGGUGAUACUGUCAGCUGGGGGUUAUAUGGCAUGGAAGGAUGGGUUUGGUGGGAAGGGAGAACAAGAACAACAAGAAGGAAAAGAAGAAAAAUCGCGGUGAAUAUGCCCCCGAAGAUGGACAGAAUAACGUGAAUGAUUUUGAGAAAGGAUGGCUAGUAUUUCAUUCACCGGUAUCCAUAACCAAGGCAGUUGCUGUCUUGUCUAGUUACUCUUCGUUUAAGUACAUGCUGGCAGUCAAUAGCGUCGGCCCAAUCAAGGCAGGACAGAUUGAAUAGGUAGUGGAUUGCUAUUAGUUAGACUAGUUACUAGUAUUGUCGGUCGGAUGGCCGAUGUCAGCCAGGCAUGUGAGGAAUUGGAAAGGAAGGGGAAAAAAAUAACAACACGGCCUUUCUCUUCUGCAUAGCCGGGAUGAGGCGAGAUCGCACAAAUCCCAACGCAAGUAUAAAAA